CUCUCGCGCGCCCGCGCUUGCCAGGGGGAGGGCGGAAGGGACGGCUCGCGAGGGCGGAAGCGCGGACCAGUGAGGGCCGGUUUCCGGCGCCAGGGUCGCUGCCGCCUCCGCGCUAUGGCGGCGCUCGGCAGGCAGGUCUUUGACUGGCACCGCCUGAUCCCCCUCACCUGGGCGCAUGUUGCUAGGCAGACUCCUCUCGGAGAACAGAAAAGGACGUCUGCAUCGUUGUUGUGUCUACUGACCACAGCCUCCAAUGGAGGGGCCCUCCAGAAGGUAUCCUGCGUGGAACCCAGAAAGUAUGUGCGGGAACCAGAGUGCAGGACAGAUCUCACCCCAGGCCCCCUUGAGAAGCAGAGGACUCCUGUGGCUGGAGGGUUCUUAGAGCGAGAGAACGUCAUCGGUGCCCUCCUGGACAUGGGUUUCAGUGACUUCCACGUUAAUGAAUUGCUCAGUAUGUGGCCAAGUGUGCCCCCCCAACAGUUGCUGGACAUCAUUUCAGAAUUAAUACUCUUGGGUUUGAACCCAGAGCCUGUGUAUGUGGCCCUAAAGAAAAGCCCUGAGCUGCUGAAGCUGCCUAUAAUGCAGAUGAGGAAACGUUCCAGUUACCUGCGGAAGCUUGGGCUUGGAGAAGGGAAACUCAAGACGGUGCUUCUCUGCUGCCCUGAAAUCUUCACCAUGCACCAGAGGGACAUCGACAGCAUUGUCGGAGUUCUCAAGGAGAAAUGUCUUUUCACGGUACAGCAGGUGACCAGGAUUUUGCACAGGUGCCCGUAUGUUCUUCAGGAGGACCCCAGUGAACUGGAGUACAAGUUCCAGUAUGCCUAUUUCAGGAUGGGGGUUAAGCACGCGGAUGUGGUGAGGACCGACCUGCUGCAGUAUUCCAUCACCAAGAUCAAGCAGAGACAUGUGUUCCUCGAGCGCCUAGGACGGUACCAAACCCCUGAUAAGAAGGGCCAGACCCAGGUCCCCAAUCCUUUACUCAAGGACAUCCUCAGAGUGUCAGAAGCUGAGUUUCUGGCCAGGACAGCCUGUUCUUCUGCUGAGGAGUUUGAAGUUUUUAAGAAGCUCUUUGCUCGGGAGGAGGAAGAGAAGUCCGAGAGCCCCAUGCCUGACCGUAAAAGCUUAAGUCUGGACGAGGAAGAGGAGGAGGAGGAAGAGGAGGAGGAGUGAUGGAAGGACAGGAGUGAAGAGCCCGUAGAUAUCCAAGAAUGUUUUAAUUUUCUCAGAGCUCUUGAGAGCUUCACUUGGAUCUUCUCAGGUUAUUUUUCCUUCUAAAACUGGUCUUCUAGUGAAAACAUUGUUAUAAAUCACCUGAGAAGCAGGUCAGACUAAGAAGGAGCUGCAUUAGUUUGAUCUGUCGUCCGAUCUCUGUGGGGAGGGCCCUGUUCCAUCCUGAAUGAGAGUUACUCUGAGCUGUUAAACUCAGAGGGACUGAGUAUCUCAACAUCCGGUUUUGUUUUUUUCUCUGUUACAUACGUGGGUGAUGAUUCCAUGAUUGUGGGGAAUGGGGUUCCUCCCUCUGGUUCGAGUCAUUAUAUAUUUCCUUCCAGUGAUAAAGAUACAAUUAUGAGCAGGCAGGGAGGCUUUUGUACAUCACAGCACUUUAUUCUAUGAAAACAAGUAGCCGGUUUCCCACAGAAACACUUGUGUUUUCCAUCCACACAUAUUGCUUCCUAACUGCAUUCAGCAUCCGGCAGCGUAAAGGGAGUUGUUAGUGAUGUGUGUUUUCAUCUCGCACAGCUUCUUGAUGCCAUUGGAGGGUUGGGGGGCUGCUCUCUAUGUCUGUGAGGACGAGGCCCUGGCUCUGACCUCUCAGGAAAGUCGGCUUCCCCGCGAGGCCGAGCUCACGGCCGGUGGGCCACAUCCAGGCCUGAAGGCUCUGGCGGCCACAGGAGUGUGGCCUGGAGUGCGCAGAACAGGAAGGGGCUGGGGCGGUCUGAUGUCAUCUCCCUAUCGCCCGUUUCACACAGUGGCUCCUGAGACCAGAGGAGAAGAGGAGUCACACGGGGUCUUUGGUGGGGCGGGACCUGGUCUCCUUCAGGGGGCCCCACGACAGCAUGGUGCUGGGAGUCCCCUCGGGGAACCCGGUGGGCCUCAGGGGUGAUUUAAAGAGCAGAAUGUGAUAGAAGUCAUCUCUGAGGUGGAGGCCCGGCCCUGAUGGUCUGGGCUCCGCGAGGGAGGGCUGGUGCACCUCAGAACGUCCUGGUGUCCCUCACUUCAGGGGAGCCGGCACGGGGCUGGUGACGCAGAAGACGUUUUUGGCGAUGCAACCAAAAUCCAGGUCUUGGCAGCAUUUUAACAACCAUGUGAAAGUUCUGGUGCUCGGCCUUAUUUUUCCAGCAGAGACUGUGCAGGAAUCCUGUGGGGCAGCGGUUCCCACCUGUGGCGAUCUUGACCCCAGGGAACGUCUGGCAACAUCUGAGAACGUCUCGGUCGUUAGGACCAAGGGAGGGCGCCGUUGGGAUCUAGCGGAGGCGAGCGCUGCCGUUCAACAUCCUGCCAGGCCCGUGAUGGCCUCACUGCAGAACCAUCCAGCUGGGGUGUCAGCGGGGCCGUGGCCAAGGAGCAGCUCUAAAGCCUGGUCCGGUGGAUUGUAAGCAGGCUUAUGUUUGUUACAUUUCUUGUAUUUAAGAGAAAAGUCAGUAGCUGCGUGUUUGCGUUCCGUUCCCCCAUGCGCUGGAAUGUUCUUGUAGUCUGAGCUCUGUUUGCUGUGGGGACUCAGCACCAAGGUACUUGUGUUUUCUCCGGGCUCACGUGUGAGCGUGACCACACAGAGCCACGUUCGGCGGAAGGAAAGUAGCUCAGUGAGUCCCUGUGUGGUGUCGGAGGCCAGUGUCGUGGCAGUAGCUGGCCGGCAGGAGCGUCCCUGCCAAGGCAGCUGCUGGAGGUGGCCGGCCCUGGGUUUGCCGGAGGGAGAGCAGCAGGACGGGUGAGGGAUUGCUUCUGUGGCAGCCCACGUGCGGCGGCGGGAAGGUUUUGUCUUCACUGGGUUCUCGGCCGUGGGCAAGGUUAUGUGAAAACGAGAGCAUUUCCCUCUGCUGGCGUUUUCACUUUUCUGUUUUGUGGCGUCCGAGUGGCCAGUACUCUCCCUCAGAUGGGCUCUUGUGUCCAGUCGGGGGACUAAGUAGAAUUACAAAUUUCUAUGACUGGAAUGGGUAACCUAGCAGUUCAUGAUUGCUCCUUGCAUUUUGAUGCAGAAAUAAAUUUCUACGCACCUGA